CAGGGAUGUAUAACACUCUGAGAGGGAGGAAAUGCCAUGCCCACUUAAAACUCACUUUCUCUCUCCUCAAUCUCUCUCAUCACCGGCAUCAAAACGACGCCGUUUAACAAAUUUUUCCGUCUUCUCCGGCGGUUUUUAUUGCGUCGGAAUACGCUGAUUCUGUCGGAGCUGUUUUUCCGACGUUUUCCAGUUUUUGAGGUUUCAGGUUUUCUGUAAUUGCUAAAUUAGAAAGAGGAAAAUCUGUGAAAUUUUUGGAUGUUUUGGUUUACAAUCGGAAUAAUUUGAAGAAUUUGGCUUAGAAAUUGAGAAAUUUGGAGGUAAUUUGGUAUGGAAAUAGGAGAAAUGGCGGCGGUAACGGCGGCGGCACCGUCUUCAUCAUCAUCGGAAUUUGCGCCGAAGAAGUUAGCUCGGCAAUUGGAUUUUACGCCGAAUUUACUCGCUCCGGUUCAUCAAUCGCCGGUUCAGGCUGUUCAACGAGCUGUACAUCCUGCACCUAGGCCGCCGGCAUUGGCGGCGACAGUCAAGCCAGAGUCACAGAGUCCUCAACCACAAGCUACUGUUCCUGAAGUCAAAGAUGGCACUCCGAAGAAGCAAAAGCAAUGCAAUUGCAAGAAUUCUAGGUGUUUAAAAUUGUACUGUGAAUGCUUUGCCUCUGGGAUUUAUUGUGAUGGAUGCAACUGCAUAAAUUGUCACAAUAAUGUGGAUCAUGAGCCUGCAAGGCAAGAAGCAAUUGGAGCAACCCUGGAGCGCAAUCCUAAUGCAUUCAGACCUAAGAUUGCAAGUAGUCCACAUGGAUCCCGAAUGAAUAAGCCAGAAACGGGGCCAGCACAACUGGUGGGAAAACAUAACAAGGGGUGCAAUUGUAAAAAAUCAGGGUGCCUCAAGAAGUACUGUGAGUGCUUCCAAGCAAAUAUUCUUUGUUCCGACAAUUGUAAAUGCAUUGAUUGCAAGAAUUUUGAGGGAAGUGAAGAGAGAAGAGCUCUCUUCCAUGGUAGCAGCUACAAUACCAUGAUAUAUCAAGCGGCAAACGCAGCAAUCAAUGGUGCAAUUGGGUCCUCUGGGCCAUCUGGCUAUAGUAACUCUCCAGGAUCAAGAAAGAGGAGAAGUCAAGAGCUCUUCAUUGGCAUGUAUAAUAAUCAGCCUUUUUAUCGUAAUGCACAUUAUAUGCAGGGAAAUCAUGUGAAAUCUGCCCCUCCAACUCUUCCAUCCGAACCACCUGCUACUCGUGGGACCAGUUCCCCAGCUGCUUCAAAAAUCACAUAUAGGUCUCCACUAGCUGGUGUCAUUCAACCGCAGGACGUGAAAGAACUUUGUUCUCUUUUGGUGAUAGUCUCAAAGGAGGCAGCAAAGACUUUUGUAGAUAAAAACCGCAAUAUAGAUUAUCAAGAGAAGGAUGAAUCCAGGACUCAUGGCAGUUUUGAAAUAAAAGAGAAGGUGAAUGAGCAGAAAGAGUAUAAAAUGGAAAAAGGAGCUCUGCAGAAUCAUUCAACUGAUGAGCAAGCUGUUAGGAUUUGUCCAGAGAGUUCUGGGUUGGAUGAAAGUGAUGCACUUAAUGGAAGGCCAGCAUCUCCUGGAACAAUGGCACUGAUGUGCUAUGAACAGGAAACUGUACUGAUGGAAGAGAGUGCAAGAGGACCAACUGUCGAUAGCCAAAACACAGCUCCUGAUACAUCCAGUGAGCAGAAGGUCACAGAUUGUUUUGUGAAACAAGAGAGGGCAGUAUUGACCAACUUCCGUGAUUUUCUCAAUCGACUGAUAACUUGCGGUAGCAUUAAAGAAACAAUGUGUUCUUCCCAAGUGAGAGAUGAAGCAGGUAAUCAAGGACCAUCCUUAAAGACUGAUGCUUUCAAUAACAGGCAUCUCAGUAAUGGUGUCAUAAAGCCAUUUGCUUCGAUGGCUAACCAUACACCAGCCACAAGAACAGGCGGAGUUGCUUUUGGUUCCACUAAUGCUUUUAACCAGCAUAUGGGACUUCCUAUCGAAAAUGGCAUGUUAAAACCCAAGACGGAGAAAACUGUAUAGUACUUCUUGUCUGAAAUGGCAUAUAUAGAGUCCAGAUAUUCCACAACGUUUUCCAGAUCGAUGGCAAAGCAACUGACGGUUAGUUAAGACGUAAGAGUACCUUCUGUUAAUAACUGUUGAUUAUUGGUAAUAAAAUCAGUUCCACUGAUCCCACUUAUAUGUUAUAUCACGCUGUGAUAUGAAGUUAUGAACUUAUGAUAGAUCUGUAACAUAUGUUCAGUAACAUUACUUCCGUUCUUUCAUAAUCUACGGAGUACUUAAUUACUAUAAGUUCGUAGCAUGAGAAAAUUUUGUAAAAGGUGAAACAAUUAUAUAUAUUAAACCGUAGUUUUAUAUGAGAUCAUGUGCUCACUUGAAUACGAAGUAUGAGUACAAAAUUGCACAAAGCAAAGGCGUUUUUGUGUAAUUAGUCCAUGGCCAAUUAGCCAUU